GUUAAUAUCCGUAUUAUGUUAUUUUGCAUAGAAAUAGGACCAAUGUACAAUUUAUUUUUCAAAAACUAGACCAGAAAGGGUUAAAAGACUAUGCAGACCAGCACAUAUUCCAAUUUUGAUUUCAAAGCUGACAUCUGUCUCUUCUUUUCAGGUUGUAUUAUAGUCGUCUAAAGCCAGAAUGGGGUUCCUUCUCCGCGGGCAAAUCUGGCAUAUUUUCACACGUUUUUUUGCUUUAAUAUCCCCGUAAGACAAGACGAGCGCAGGACACGAGACAAAAAUAUGCACAAUAGUCUUCGCUCUUGACCAUUAUGUUGAACCAGAUGUAUGACUCGGAAUGGAACAUGAGCUGCGGUUUCCCCGCGCACACCUGUAACCAGAGCCUGGGCACACAGCUCAACCUGCCCACUUUCGGCAUCGCAGCGAAGGUUCGUGUCACCAUCACCUUCAUCCUGUGCGCCGUCUCUGGAAUCUGCAACCUCGCAGUCCUCUGCAGCGCCUACGGCAGCCGUCGGAAGUCGCACGUGCGUCUGCUAAUGUUGAACCUGAGCGUGGCAGACUUGCUGGUGACGUUUAUCGUGAUGCCGCUGGAUGCUGCGUGGAACAUGACGGUGCAGUGGCUGGCGGGAGACUUAGUGUGUCGGCUGAUGAUGUUACUGAAGCUGAUGGCCAUGUACUCGUGCGCGUUUGUCACAGUGGUGAUAAGUCUGGAUAGACAGUCUGCCAUCUUGAACCCAUUGGCCAUCAACAAAGCCAGGAGGAACAAAAUCCAGCUGACAGUGGCGUGGACACUAAGUUUCAUUCUGUCACUUCCUCAGGCGUUUCUCUUCCAUCAGGUGACCAUCACAUCCCCAGAGCACUUCACGCAGUGCACGACGCAUGGCAGCUUCAGGCAGCGCUGGCAAGAGACGCUCUACAACAUGUUCACGUUCUGCUGCCUCUUCCUGCUUCCACUGCUCAUCAUGGUCAGCUGCUAUACACGCAUCCUGUUGGAGAUCUCCCGUGGUAUGCUGGGAGACAGCUCGCCAGCCAAUGAGAUCCGCCUACGUCGCUCUAACAACAACAUCAUCCCCAAAGCCCGAAUGCGCACGCUGAAGAUGAGCAUCGUCAUCGUCAGUUCCUUCAUUGUGUGCUGGACGCCCUACUACCUGCUGGGCCUGUGGUACUGGUUCAGCCCGGAAGGCUUGAAGGAGGCCGUGUCGGACUCAUUCACCCACCUCCUCUUCCUGUUCGGUCUGUUCAACGCCUGCCUGGACCCGCUCAUCUACGGUCUCUUCUCGCUGCCGCUGCGCAGACGCAGGCCCGCCGUCACCAUAGAGAUGGAGAGCAACACUCACAUCACAACUCUCAGCUGCAGGCGGCUGCCAGGUACGGGAGCCUUCGAGGGACAAACAGAGCGAGACGAGAGCCAAACGCAGGAGCAGAGGGAGGAUGGAGAGAGCGUUGACCAGAGACUGCUGUACAACUCUGAUGAAAUGUUGUGAGACAUUUAGCGUGUUGGCUGAUUGCAUGCAGAAAUGAGCAUGCACACACUCACACACACACACUUUCACCCAGAUGUAUAAACACACCUGCAACACUCAACUACACCUGCAUCAAUCACUACACUCGAACAUCAUACUCUAGAAAAUUGUACACGACACCUAUAUUUCAGUACCCAGUAAGGCCAGGAAAAUGAGGGCUUGUGUGGCCAUUCAGCAGUAGUCAUAUACCCAUCAUGGCUGCUCAGCUGUACAGCAAUAAUGAAAUGGACAUGUGUGAGGGCACGUUUGGGUGUUGUUUCCCUCUCAGGCCAGUGACUGGCUUUGUCAUGGAUAUAGGGGUCUCAGUAAGAUCCUCCCACACAAAAAUCAAUGCAGACAGUUUAAAAUUAUUUACCGACUAGGUUAAGAUGUGUUUGUGUGUGAGUAUUUGAAAUCAUGUUCAAUGCACCUAAAACUAUGUGCUCUGGGCGUAAGAAAAAACAUUGACAUAUUUCAGUGUUUCUCGAACCACGCGACCCCUGUCUCGCAUCAUCAGUCUGUUGUGUGAAUUUAUGCUCCUAUAAAUGUCAACACCGUCACAGACACCACCUCCCACCUAGAAGACAUCAGAAGCAUGUCUGCUUUCUGCUCUGUACAGGCAGGGGUAUGUGUAAAGCGGUACAGAUUCUUUCCUUAGACAUUUCUAACUUUCUGUCUUUGUGGGUUUAUCUUUCUUCUGGUGUCAGCUUCUAGUUCCUCUAUUCUUCAUAUUUCUCUCUCUUGUCUUGUGGUGUUAUCGACACUGUAAUAAAUACACAGUUUCUUCAGCC